GCCGGAAGUUGGUCUCGACACCGAGACGAGCCGGGUUGUAUUUGGAAACGCGGAGUUUUCCUGUGUUGCGGGAUAACAAUGGACACUCAGAAGGACGUUCAACCUCCAAAGCAGCAACCAAUGAUAUAUAUCUGUGGAGAAUGUCACACAGAAAAUGAAAUAAAAUCUAGGGAUCCAAUCAGAUGCAGAGAAUGUGGAUACAGAAUAAUGUACAAGAAAAGGACUAAAAGAUUGGUCGUUUUUGAUGCUCGAUGAAACCUGGGAAUUUAGAGGAAUGUCUUCAUUUAAUUUGCUCUCUCAAUGUUUCUAAUUGUUGUAUAGCUUUCGAUUUUGCAUACAGUAGUUUCCCCUUAUCUUCAGGGGAUGCAUCCCAAGGCCCCCAGUGGACUCCUGAAACCUCAGAUAGUACCAAAUCUUUAUACACCUUUUUUCUAUAUAUACAUACCGAUGAUAAAGUGUAAUGUAUAAAUUAAGCAUAGCAAGAGAUUAAUAGAACAAUGAUAACAUACUGUAAUAAAGUUAUAUGAAUGUGGUUGGUCUUUCUUGCUCUCAAAAUAUCUUCUUAUACAGUGUACAGUACUAACCUGUUUUUGGAUGUCGUUGACUACAGAUAACUGAAACCACAGAAAGGAAACUUGGAAUGAGUGAGGCACUGCUGUACUUAGGAAUACAACUAUAUACAUAUGAUUUUAUUUUUAAGACCAUAUUGUAUUUAUCUACUAAUAUUUUGUAUAAAGCUAUUUUUUGUUCCGUUACAUGACUUUUUGUUUUACUCUGUAUGUAAUCUGACACACAAUUAAGGGUAAAGUUGCUUACCCAAACCACACUUCUAAUCAAAACCUAGAAUCAUCUGCGGUGCUUGUUAAAAAUGCAAGUUUCUAGAACCCUCUGAAGUUGUGAUUAAAUAAAUUUAUUGGAAACCAC